AUGUUCAUCAUGGGCUAUUCCGUGAUAGCUGGAGCGGCAGGAAGGCUGGUGUUUGGCUAUGACAGCUAUGGGAAUGUGUGUGGCAAGAAGAACUCCCCUGUGGAAGGGGCCCCUCUUUCUGGACAGGACAUGACAAAAAAGAAGCAUGUAUUCUUUAUGAAUUCCUGUUAUCUGGAACUCAAAGAUCUUAAAAUCAAUUCCAUCGCUCUCUGUGUAUCUAGCUGUCCUGAACAACAACUAGACACUCUGGAAGAUGUCCAGCUCUUUGCCAAGAACAAUGGUUCCUUCCUGUGUGUUUAUAACUUGAAUUUUGCCAACUACACUCAGAAUGUAAGUGCUGCUUCAUUGUGUCCCAGGCUACCCGUUCCACCAAGCAAGUCUUUUCCCUUGUUCAAUCGCUGCAUCCCUCAAACACCUGAGUGCUAUUCCGUCUUUGCAUCUGUUUUAAUCAACGACGUGGACAGCCUCCAUCGGACCCUAAGCGGAAUCAUGUCAGGGAAAGAUACGGUCCUUGGUCUCUGUAUCCUUGCAAUAGCCUUAUCUCUGAUCAUGGUGUUCAUCCUCCGGUUCAUCACCACCCUCCUGCUUCAUAUUUUCAUUUCCUUAGUUGUUUUGGGGUUAUUGUUUGUCUCUGGUGUAUUAUGGUGGCUCUAUUAUGACUAUAUCAACGACCUCAGCAUCGAACUGGACACUGAAAGGGAAAAUAUGAAAUGUUUACUGGGAUUUGCUAUUAUCUCGACAGUGAUCACGGUGGUUCUGCUCAUACUGAUUUUUGUUCUCAGAGAGAGGAUCCAGUUGACAGUAGACCUUUUCCAAGUAACGAGCAAAACCAUCAGCAAUACCCCCUUCCUGCUGCUCCAGCCACUUUGGACAUUUAUAAUUCUCAUUUUCUUCUGGGUGCUGUGGGUUGCUGUCCUGCUGAGUUUGGGAACUGCAGGUACUGCACAAGUGAUGACAGGAGGACGUGUGGAAUAUCAGCUUCUUUCUGGCAUUCGAUAUAUGUGGUGGUACCAUUUAAUUGGGCUUAUCUGGACUAGUGAAUUUAUCCUGGCCUGCCAACAAAUGACCAUCGCUGGGGCAGUGGUCACCUGCUAUUUCAACCGAAAUAAAAGUGACCCUCCUCGGCGCCCCAUCCUUUCAUCUCUGGUCACUCUUUUUUACUAUCAUCAAGGAACGGUUGUAAAGGGGUCCUUUCUAAUCACCAUGGUGAGGAUUCCGAGAACUGUUUUCACAUACCUCUCUAACGCCCUGAAAGAAAAGGAGGACAGUGCCUGCACAAAAUACAUACAUAAGUGCUGUUUCUGCUGCCUUUGGUUCCUGGACAAGUGCCUGAGCCAUCUAACCCAGAAUGCAUAUAUUGCAACUUCGAUCAAUGGAACAGAUUUUUGUACCUCUGCAAAGGAUACGCUCAAUAUUUUAUCCAAGAAUCCAGGGCAUGUUGCCUCUAUUACCUGUCUUGGAGACUUCAUAAUUUUUCUGGGAAAGAUGUUUGUGGUAUACUUCACUGUUUUUGGAGGGCUGAUGGCCUUUAACUACCACCGGGAGUUGCAAGUAUGGGCCAUUCCUUUGUUAUUGGUGGCUUUUUUUGCCUAUUUAGUGGCCCACAAUUUCUUAUCAGUGUUUGAAACUGUGCUGGACGCCUUGUUUUUGUGCUUUGUCAUUGAUAUGGAAACAAAUGAUGGCUCACCAGAAAAGCCCUAUUUUAUGGAUCAAGAAUUAAUGAGCUUUGUGAACAGAAGCAACAAAUUAAUUGAUUCGAGGAUACGAAGAAACAGAAAGUCAUUAGGGAAUGACGAUGGAACAGAACUCCAGCCCAUUGUGAGAUAGGAGACAUUUCCUUAUUGUCCUGUAUUUGUGCUUAUUUUGGAAGAACCUUAUUACUUUCAGUCUUCAUUUUUGCAGAAUAAAUUUUUAGAAAUGA